UCCGCCCCGCCGCGGCCCCGCCCCGCCGCCGCCGCCGCCCUUUGUCCGCCGCCGCCGCCGCCGCCGCCGGGCCCCGCCAUGGCGCCGCGGUGAUGCGCGGCGGCGCCGGCCCGGGGGCAGCGGGAGCCCCAUGCGGGGGCCGCCGCCAUGGGGCAGGUCCUGGGCUUCGCCCACUGCAAAGAGUCUCCAUCCACGGCCUCCACCACGCCGGACUCCACGGAGGGCGGCAACGAGGAGUCGGACUUCCCCGAGCUGCCGCCGGCGCCGGAGCCCCCCGAGGAGGAGGAGGAGGCGGCGGAUGAAGACGGGGGGGGCCGGGGGGGCCCGCCGGAGCUCACCUUCUCCUACAUCGCCUUCGGCGGGGGGGGGCCCCCCGGCGAGGCGGCCCCCCGCGCCCGCCGCGACCCCCCCCGCCGCGGGCGGCCCCCCCGCCUGAGCCCCGGGCCCGGCGGCGGCGAGCGCGGGGGGGGGCCCGCCCGGGGGCCGGACCCCCGCGCCCCCCCCUUGCCCGCGCCCCCCGCCCCGGACCCCCCCGAGGGGCCGCCGGCGACGGGGGGGCCCCAGGCUGGAGCCACCCCCGGGGAGCAGCCGCCCAGCCCAGCCGCGGCCCCGCCGCCGCCGCCGCCGCCGCCGCUGCUCCCCGCCCGGCCCGCAGGGGGCGCCCCGCGCCCGCCGCCCCCGGCCCCGCCCGCCCCGCCCAGCGCCGCCUCGGGCCCCCAGCCAAUCGCCGAGCGCCCCCCGGAGGACGACGACCAAUCCGCGAGCCCGCUGCGAGUCGAGGUCAUAGUGUGGGAGCUGCUGUACUGGCGGGCGCCGGGGCGGUCGGCGCUGGUGCUGGCGGGGGCCCUGGCCGCGCUGGGCUGCCUGGCCCGCUUCAGCGCCGUCAGCGUGGGCGCCUACGGGGCGCUGGCCGUGCUGGCCGUCACCCUGCCGCUGCGGCUGCGCCGCGCCGCCCUCCGCGCCCUGCGCCCCGGCCCCGAGGAGCAGCCCUGCCGGGCGCAGCCGGCCGUGGCCGUGGGGCUGAGCCCCGAGCAGCAGCAGCGCUGCGCCCGGCGCCUGGGCCGUCACCUCGCCGCCGCCGCCCGCACCCUCGCCCGCCUCUUCCUCGUCCACAGCCUCCCCGAGUCCCUCAAGUUCGCCUUCCUGUUCUACCUGCUCACCUACGUGGGCGCCGUCUUCAACGGGCUGACGCUGCUCGGCAUCGGCGUGAUCUGUGCGUUCACCUUCCCCGUGCUCUACCGGCACCACCAGGCACAGAUCGACCAGUACGUGGGGCUGGUGAGGAACCACCUGAGUCACCUCCGAGCCAGGAUUCAAGCCAAGCUCCCAAGUGCCAAAGCGAAGCCGCAGUGACCCCCCCCCGCGCCCCGGGGUGCCCCUGCUGGGGUGGGGGGCCGGCGGGUGCCCCCCACCCUCGCCCCGGGGGCCCCCCCGCGCGGGGCAUUUACACUUUAAUAAAAACUCUUGUGACA